CUGUUGAUGACAACUCUCUCAAUAGCUGACGAAGAUAUGAGAAGUCAGACCCCAAGAGGACAUGGUCAGCUCUACAGAGGACCUGGCCAUUCCUCCAAAAGACCAGGUCAUCCCAACAGGAGACUUGAUCAGUCCACUAGAAGACCCGGUCAGCCCACUAAAGUACCUGGCUCCGACCACCUCGUUGUGCAGACGGAGUUUCCUUAUGUGUUUUGGCGCGCCUCCUCACGGCCUUACACACCGAAGCCGCCAUAUCCAGAAUAUUUGGAAUCCAAGAAUUAUCCAUAUUUUUAUGGAGACGGAAAAGAUGACUCCAUCAGUGACCCCACCACCUGGAAGAUUAUGCCCAUUCAAAUACCUGACGACCUGGUGAGUGACACAAGCCAGUGGACACCCAUGACAACCAUGGAAAUGACCAAAUAUCUGAUUCCUCCUACUCCUCAGUACGGCCGCCACCCUGGCGUCACCGAAUCACCUCAUCUUUUCCACCCCGAAAGACUCUAUACACACGUCAAGAACGAGAGUCACUAUUUACCUAGCGUUUCCAGAUAUACAGACCAUCGACUGCCCAACAAAGAAGCUGCGGACGAGAAAGACUCUUAUACUUUUUAUCAGCCUGAAUAUCUUAGGUCACCCCAGCAAGUUAAUCAAACUGAGAAGCCCGAACUAUCGUUGUCUUGGCACCAGAGUCUCAUGAAACAGUUAGAACCCUUCAUUGACUCUCAUUUACCUAAAUUACCUUCUUUACCCAGAUUUCCGAGCAUAAACGGUAAUAAUAUAAUAGACAGAGUGCCCAGGUGGCCCCUGAACGAGAAACGGGACACACAUACACAACCCACAAUUACCCAGGGGGAGCCAAACACUGUGCAACUUGGGAAGCAAGUGGUACACAAGUUCUAUCCCAUCCUGUCCUACACACAUCCAGAUUACCAGGAAACUAUAACAUGGAAGAAAACAAACAGGCCCAUUGAUUUCCAUCCUUUUCACAGCGAACAGUUACAUCUGAACGGCCAGUCAUCUGAUCAAAACAACCAAAACUUUCCAGCUGAACAUCUCUUUCUUUCUGUGAACAGCAACAGCAACACUGGCCUGCAAUAUGCACAAUUGAGUGACAACCGCAAUUACUAUAAUGGUAAUUCACCAUCUCCUGGGCAAUUUCAUAACAGAAACGAACAUUUAUCAGCAAACAGAGCAGGAUAUGAAUCCUACAGUCAUGGGGUUUAUAGGAGUGGCGACAAUGUAGCAAGUGGCCACUCAAAUUCUUCCUCUGGGGAUAAACAUCUCUCGCAAGGCGAUCAGUUUCCAAAUUCAUACCAACUGCCACAGGAACAUGAAUCACAUUCAACAAGCAGCCACUUUGAAAUAAUACAGGAAAAACACAGCCCAGACCAAAAUCACCCCUUGACGUACCAUCAUCGCCCAGUAGGUGAUCAAAAUAAACCAGACAGAGGUCAGCAUCACAUAAUUAAUAGUAAAGAUAAUGAACAUUCGGAACCAAACUGGCCAUCAAAUGAUUCAAGUUACUCACUGGAAGAAAUGAAUCAGUCGAUUCAAAGUAGCCAUAACAUGUACUACAAACGUCCCACGCAACCUCUACGUCAAAGCGCAAGUCAAGCCAAUAGACCAGAAUCUCAGCAAGGUUACAACAGACCAGAAUCUCAGCAAGGUUUCAGCAACAGCUUUGUUAAUCCCCAGCCUCAGGACUACAGCUCGCCUGCUGACGACUGGAAAGACCAGCAGCCACGUCCGUUGCUAUCUCAGUUGUUCCCUGAUUCGGCGAUAGUAGAUAGAUUGGCAAACAUUGACCCACUGUCACCGGCUUCGGUGAUUUCUGGAGGAAUGCUGGUGUUAGCCCUAGCCCUCGCUCUCUUCUACUUCAACUACGUGUGGUACCCAACCCCGGUAGUCACGGCUAAGAUGAUUAAACUUCUGUUAGAUGCUGCGCCGAGCGAACUUAUUACUGCAGAUCAAGAGAAAGCCAUUACAGAGGUAUAUGAGGUGUUCCGGAGCCUUGAGACGACCUACUCUCACAACCAGGACCUGUGGUUGCCCUUUUGUAAGAACAGGAUGGUGUGUCAGGUCCACAAGGAGGUGCCCGGCCUGUGGCAGGUCACCCAAGCCUACGCUGCUCUUGUCAGGUCGAGCUUAGCGACGGGACCUGAGAAUAGUGAUGACUUGGAUGCGUACCUGAAGGCGGCGCAGCAAGGGGAGGCGGCGACCUCCUGCGAUACCCACUACCCAGCCUGCACCAUGCCCCCUGUUCCCGUCAGGGCAUCACUCCAAAGACUUCUAGGUAUUGUACAAGACAACUACCCCGAAGUCGUCUACAGCUAGACUACAGCUGUGUUCUUGAGAACAACCUGAAGAGUUAGAAAUUACUGAGCUUCUUGUCUUGGUUAAAAUCUCAUCUAAAUCAAGCGAAAGAAAUUAAAGAAUUACGAAGAAAUUUUAAAACAAACUAAUACAUAAAAAUAAAGAUCAUGGUCAGAUCAGAUUAUACAGAAUUCCCAGGUAUCAAAAAUAUUUAUUGCUUCCGUGUACA